ACAGUGGAAGGAGCCAAGCUCGGCGUGAGAGAGGCGGCCAGGAUCGUAGCUGAUGUGUGCUCUAGUCCAUUGGCAAGGGAGGAAGUGAGAGUUUUUGGGGAGGAUUAUGUGAAGGGGUUGGCUGAUAUGGAAGAUGCUAGUAGUGAUGAGCAGCUACAGAUGCCGAUGGAUCUCAUGUUACUGGGUCAUACGCCAGUGGCCCCUGAGGACGCGACUGGCCUGGCCAAGGAGACCGUGAAGGAAGUGAACCCGAUGGAAGUGAUGGAGGGGGCACGUCGAGUUUUCGGUGGUCUGUUGGACGAGAGGCUCAGGGUUUAUGCAACUGGCAAGGGCUGGACGAAAGCCGCCAUUCUAGAGGCCCUACGUCAGGGUUCUAUGGAGAAGGGACCAAGGCCUCAGCCUCUGGCCUUGCACUGUCAUCGCCUAUUGGAGGAUGAUGAGAGCUCAGCACCACGUGUACUCGAUAUAGGCAAACACGACGGAGUCUACAGUACCCGCUUAGACACUGGAGUGAAAGUACGAGUGGUGCAGUCGGCGGGGGAGCCUGGGAGCUAUCGUGUACGUAUACGGUGGCCAGGAGGAGCAUUGAGAGCUCGAAGUGCGGCUCAUGCAACCGUCGCCAGCCAUGUUCUUGCUUCUCAGUGGCAGACAGCUGAUGGCAGUGUUGAUGCUUUCAUGAAGGAGCACUCACUUAGCGAACCGGUGAUGGGUCAGUCACUAGAGUGGACCGAAAUCAGUGUAUCGGGGGCUAAAGAUGUUCAGGCUGCCUUGGAAUUCCUCAAGUAUGUGCUGGGAAGGCAAGUUAAGGCGGGUGCUAAGGGGUCGGUCCAUAUCGCCAAGGCUCUGGCGAGCCUGGAGGCCCUACAGUCCGGUAGGGACCUGUCUCUUGAACGAGAGGGGCUCGAUAGGCUGGUGAGCAGAAUGUACCCUGGCACGGAUGUGCUCAGAGAGCCACAGAGCUUGGGCCAGGUCCAAGAGGUUACCAAGGAGCUAUCUUGGGGUGACGACUCACAGCUGGAGAUUGAUAUGGUCGGCGACUUCGACAGCCCUCAGGAGGCCUUCUCGGCAGCUGAUCGAUUCUUUGGAUCAUCGAAGAUGGUGGAAGGGCAGGCGGAUGAUGAGACUGUUGCAACGCUGCCUAAUGCGGCUGAUUCAAAGACUGAUGCUCCGCAGAGGGUGAGCUUACCGAAAGUCGCUGACGAUCGAGCCUUGGUACUCCUAGGGGGAGGUAUGAAGGAGCGCCCAAGGUGGCAGGUAGCCCUACUGGCAGAGGAUAUCCUCAAUGCAGCACUCUUCAAGAGGCUGAGGGAGGAGACUCGACUUACAUACGAUGCUCGGGGGUCGUUCUUGGUACCAGAUCGCCCUUCUACUGGUGCGGGCCAUUGGACGGUGGCGGUCCAUACUGAUCCAACUGAUGCCGCCCAAUGUGUGACAGAGGCCCUACGGGUGAUUCGAGGGAUGAAAAAGGUUGAUGAGUCGUCCUUGGCCAGAGCUAAGGCCAGUGUGAUGGGGCAACUUUCGCAGCUGCAAACCGCCAAUGCCUUCAUCUUGGCGAUGUUGGACAAGCCUGGAGGGCUGCACGGGAUAGAGCAGGUUACAUCAGAGGAAGUAGAGGCAGUGCUCAAAGCUAUGUGUGUUGGGCCUACGUCCACACACGUUGUCGUGGCCGAAGGCGAGAAUGAUAAAGUUUCUACGUGGUUGGUUUGCUUCGUCACUAUAGCGCCAGCAAAGAAGAAAGGAUCGGAGGCGAUUGUGAAGCCCAAGGCGAAAGCUAAGGGUAAGGCCAAAGCCAAAGCUGCUGCUACUGUUGCGGCAAUUGAAGUGGUGAGAUCCAGAAGAGGCGGAUGGACUACCGUAGUAGUUAACGAGAACGGCUUGGCCAAACCGAGGAAGGGGACCUUUGCAGUCAAGGUUCAUGGAGGCAAAGAGGUCCUAUCCCUAGUGGGUAUGCCUCGUCCGUUCAAAAGUCUUCGUGAACUGGAUAUGGAUGAGGCUGCUACUCAAGUGGUGGAGGCAUUGAAGUGA